GGGUCUCUCAUAUUGGGCGGGAAAAAAGAAAAUAGAAAAUAGUGGAAUUGAAGAAGAAAUACAUUUGCCAUGCGAAAGCGGAAAGUAAACAUGUUAACUUGGCCAGAUGUAAACAAAGGGACCCAGUCAUCAGGUAUAUGUGAAGACUGAAGAACGAAGAGUCAGUGAAGAAAAGAGCGACACCCACAGAAGUCCCAAAAUAGAACCCAGACAGGCGCCGCCUCUUACAUAUCGUCAACCUCUGUGUCUCAGAAAUGGCAUCGUCUUCCUUAUUCCGCGCCUCUCUUUCCUCUCUCAACCCAAAUCCCAAGCCGCCUUACCUCUACACUGCAACCAAACACCGCCCUUCCUCCUUUAUAACCUGCACCUCCUCCACAUUCGAUUCCUCCUCUUCCACCACUAACACCAACUCUCCCCCAGUGGCGGCGGCGGCUCCCAAGGUCCGCCGCGCCGCCGAUGAAAACAUCAGGGACGAGGCUCGCCGCCAUCGUCCCGACGCCGCCAACAAUUUCAACGCCAAGUACGUUCCCUUCAACGCGGGCGUCGACUCGGCCGAGUCGUACCCGCUCGAUGAAAUUGUGUACCGCAGCCGUUCCGGUGGCCUCUUGGACGUGCAGCACGACAUGGACGCCUUGGGUAAGUUCGACGGAGCGUACUGGAGGAGCCUAUUCGAUUCGCGCGUUGGGAGGACCACUUGGCCAUACGGUUCUGGCGUAUGGAGCAAGAAAGAGUGGGUGCUGCCGGAGAUUGAUGACGAUGAUAUCGUCAGCGCGUUUGAAGGGAACUCGAACCUCUUCUGGGCCGAGCGUUUUGGCAAACAGUUUCUGGGCAUGAACGAUCUGUGGGUGAAACACUGCGGGAUCAGUCACACCGGCAGUUUCAAGGACUUGGGCAUGACCGUUUUGGUCAGCCAAGUCAACCGACUCCGGAAAUUGAAACGACCCGUCGUCGGAGUCGGCUGCGCUUCGACCGGUGACACGUCAGCAGCGCUCUCUGCCUAUUGCGCCGCGGCGGGAAUUCCCUCGAUCGUUUUCCUUCCCGCGAACAAGAUAUCGAUGGCCCAACUGGUCCAGCCCAUUGCCAAUGGCGCAUUUGUAUUGAGCAUCGAUACCGAUUUCGACGGUUGCAUGAAGCUAAUCAGAGAAAUCACCUCCGAAUUGCCAAUCUAUUUGGCUAAUUCUUUGAAUAGCCUUAGGCUCGAAGGCCAAAAAACGGCUGCGAUAGAGAUUUUGCAGCAAUUUGAUUGGGAAGUCCCCGAUUGGGUUAUCGUUCCUGGCGGUAAUCUUGGAAACAUAUAUGCAUUUUACAAAGGCUUCAAAAUGUGCCAAGAUUUGGGCCUUGUUGAUAGGAUUCCACGGCUAGUUUGCGCUCAGGCCGCCAACGCCAACCCUCUUUAUUUGUACUACAAGUCUGGGUAUAAAGAAUUCAAUCCCGUGAGGGCCAAUUCUACAUUUGCUUCCGCUAUACAGAUUGGAGACCCUGUUUCAAUCGACAGAGCGGUGUUUGCUCUGAAGAAUUCUGAUGGGAUCGUCGAGGAAGCCUCCGAGGAGGAACUCAUGGAUGCUAUGGCGCAAGCUGAUUCUACAGGCAUGUUCAUUUGCCCGCAUACGGGGGUUGCCUUAACGGCUCUGAUUAAGCUCAGGAAAAGUGGGGUUAUCGGUGCCCGUGAUCGGACAGUGGUGGUUAGCACGGCCCAUGGUCUGAAGUUUACGCAGUCUAAGAUUGAUUAUCACUCUAAGACAAUCCGGGACAUGGCUUGCCGAUUGGCUAAUCCACCGGUGCAAGUGAAGGCGGAUUUCGGGUCCGUCAUUGAUGUUCUCAAGGACUUUCUACGCCAGUAAACUCUGUAUGUUUGUUUAGCAGGAACUAUUUUUCUUUUUCUUUUUUAAAUGCUUUGUUUUAUGUUUUUGUAAUUGCACUUCUUGUAGUAAAUGGCCUAUAUUUUGAAGUAUAUCCUUUUUAGUUUUUAUAUAGGGAUGUUGCGAGUAUGUAUCACUGUAAGACUGAUCUUGUAUAAAUACUUUUCGUCCUUUUUGAAGA